AUGAUAUCUCAACCUACUGGAACCACACAUGAUGAUGUGAAUGAGCCAGUGGUUGAUGGAAGUAAUGCCGUGGCAGGUAACCUGGAAGGCACUCGGUUAGAUACGAAGAAGUAUGAGCAGGUUACUCCACUUGCAAGUUUCUCGCCCGAUGAAUUGUCAAAGCUACGUCAUGUAUUCCCUGACGCCUAUCAAGCUCUGUUGCAGUAUGAACAAUUGUGUCGUCAUAGUUCUGCGAUAGUUCAGGUAAAAGAAACUGAGUUGCAACGAAGCAUUGACGUCGGCCAAGAGGUACUUAGUCGAAUAGAUGCGCUACAGCUGCGGUGCGCUCAGCUGGCGAAGGAGCGUGAUGAUGCGCUUGCGAUGGGUCAGGAACAUGAGUCCCACUUACGGGAGAAUAUUGAGGAGUUGCAACAGCUUUUGGAAGAGCGAGAAAAGGAAAUAUCCCAUUUGAAGGCGAUGCAACAUGAUGUUGAGGAUGAGGGGCGGCGCUUGCAGUCAAAACUUUCCGUUAUGAGUCUUCCUGCAGCAGCACAAAUCGUCGUUCUGCAUAAUCAGUUAGUGCAGCUAAUUGAGCGUGUUGAGCAGGUGUGCAACAACAAACGGUCAUCUUCAUCUGUGGCGUCCACAGCGCGCAUGAGUGUAGCGAGUAUCCCUACAGAUGGGAACGAAGCCGAAACUGUAGUGUUAUUAGAGCAAUGGUUAGCAGAUUCUUUGGACCAAACCAUACAGCGCACAAAUGAACUAACAAACGCAGUCCACCUACUGGAUGAGCAACUUCAACACGCAAAGCACCAAGUUGAGCAGUCGGAAAGGAAGUGUCAGGAAUCGGAGAACAAAAUUAUUACUCUACGACAUGAAAACGAUCAACUCCAAGGCGAGCUUGUAGCACUACAAAAGGACGUCCAGGCACUUGACAGACAAGCUGAAGAGCUGAACGCGGCCGGUUUCCACCGUCACAUGGAUGCGGUGAACUCUAAGCAACACGAAUUAGAAGAGGUGCGGCGCCAGCACUCCGCACAGUUGUUGUUGCUUAGAGAACAGCAUGGAGAGGAGCUGCGCUCCCUUGAGGAGGAAACACGAUCGCUUCGGGCCGAGCUGAGCCGUUAUCGCGAUGGAACCGCGGUGCCCGCCACUUACAACAGUCCGUCGAAGCCAUUGGAAGUGCAAAUGUCGGAUCAUCAAAAGCAGCAACUUCAGGAGCUAGUCAACGACUUCGAAUCUGAGAAACAUCGACUUGUAGGAGUAAUAGAGCAGCUGGAAAACGCACUGCUUGAUGGUAAAAGUAGUUAUCAACGUUUGGUGGCGCAGUACGAGGAGGAGCUACAGCAGCAGCAACUCCGUGCAGCAGAGCUGGUGAGGACCGCUGCUGAGAAUGGCAGACUCAAGGAGCAACUAGAGCAUGCAACUGCCUCCAUUUCGGUCGUUGGUGAGCUAACGAAGGCGCUUGAAACGAAGGAGCUGUACAUCGCUACCCUUAAUCAGCAAAUUCGUGAAUUGAGUAUGGAGGUGACGAAGCUGAAAGGGGCGGCUCAUUCAUCGAAAAACCAGGGAGUUGCGCGAGGAAGCAUCUCGAAAAAUUAUGAGGAUAUGGAAAUGGAGUUGAAGCAGGAGCGGGAGAAUUCUCAGCAACUGGGCGCUUCACUAGCCGCUGUCCGCUCGCAGUUGGAUGAGCUGACGGUUCUUUUCAGCGAGCAGAAGCGCCGCGUGCGUGACUGCCUCCGGUGUCCACCACCACAACUGGGAAUGGAUCGGGAGCGGGUGACAUCUCUUCUGCAAGCCAGCGCCAGCCGUGCAGCAACGCGUUUCUUCAACUGUUUAGAACAACAGCACCGGCACCUCAACUCACUUUCGCAUCAUGCCUUCACCCUGUACGGAGGCGUGGAGCCCAUGCAAACGAAGGAAGAAGGAGCGGCAAAUCGAAAAGCGUCAGGUGUUGCAGCGGCACACUAUUCUUCUUCCAUUUCCUCAUUCCCUGGAAUGGCAAACGGGCUGAAAAAGCCUCGGAGUCGCCAACAAGUUCAACUGGAGCAGAUCCAGAAGAAUGCUAGUCGAUUCAGCUCUCCUGCGCGAUCACCAUUACUCGAGGACGAGUGCUCCGCCCCAGGUUACGUGGUCCUUCAAAAUAGUGAGACUGCGGCUGCCUUGUCUACUGCAAUGGUGCGCUUUCUGAAUGAUUUGACAGAAGCUGUGGUGCAGCAACUGUUGCAACCAUACACAGGUCCACUUGAGGCCCUUCAACGGUUGCAUAGUGCCUUUAACCCCUUGAUGGGCGCGCACAACGAACACUGGACACGGAAAGGAGACACGAUAAGUAGCGACAUUGUUCACCAUAGUGUCAGUUUGGAUAACAUUGAGGUAUCUGCUGACGAGAAUGCGUCUAUGCUGAGGUUACCGACCUCACUGGCGCAGCAGGAGAAGGUCUCUCCCAACGAUAUUAUUUGGACAACCGUAACUGAGGGGAUUAUUGACGCUUUUGUUGACGCAUGCACAGUCGUGUUUCAGCGCGUGUAUCGUGCAGCUGGAUCUCAGCUUCAGCAGUGUGAAGAGAGGCUGAAGCAAGCUAAUCGUCAGGUGCAGGCGAACUGCGAGGAGCGUAUCCGUCGCACAGCUCUCUCUAUGGUGGAGGGGGAGGGAAAUCUUAAUGCCCAACUUCAGGUUGCAGAAACAAAAAUUCAGUCUGCACAUCAGGCUCUCGACAUACUGCAGGGAAAGUAUGAGAAGGAGGCUUCACGCUGCUGUGAGCUCUCAGCUCAGGUGAAGCGACUGGAGGGACGGCUGACCGAAAAACAACGCGAGUUGGAAACAGAACGCCUUCAGUGGCGGCAUACGGUCCGCGAGCUUCAAGAUGCUUGUGGCAUUGCUAAAGAGCAGCAUGCGGAACAGGGAACGCGGCACCAACAUCAGGUGCAAGAGCUGCAAGAACUACUGCGUAAUGUGCGGCAGCAGCUGCAAGCAGCUCGUGACGAAGGUCAUAGACUACGCCUCGAAGUGGAAAGUGUGCAGGCGGAGCACCAACAAAAGAUCCAAUGGCUGGAACAAGAGCAGCAGAAAACGCGUAGUUCUGAAGGAAAGGCCGAGCAUGCGUUGCAGAACUUACGUGAGCAGUUAGCCGCAUCCAACACAGCGUUGCAGGUGAAACUGAACGAGGAAACAGCGCGUGUGCAGCGUGCUAACGCAAAUGUUGAGUCGUUGCAAUCUGUGUUGCGCGAUGCGCAGUCUGCCUAUCAGCUCUUGCAGAGUGCGUUAUCGGAUGAGCAGGAUCGACGGGAGAUGGCUGAGGAGCGCGUGGAGGGGCUGAAUAGGGAGCUGGCGCUGCUCCGCAGCCGCCUACAGGUGCAGCAGCAGCGAGUAGCGGAGAUGCAAGAGGCGGAGCGACUUCAGCAGUGCCAAUUGGAUGCUGAGGCAAGGAAGAAUGAAGCUUUGCUGAGGGUGAAUCGUGCACUCGAAGGCCGUCUCUCAGAAGUGGAAGGUGACAGGGAACCGCUGCGGCAGCAGUUGCAGAGUUUACUACUGUUGAAGCACUGCUAG